AUUUCUUAUUUCUAUUUCUAUAAGAAUUAAUCUUUUUAGAUAAUUUAGGAUUGGUUCUUUGUGUUCUUCAUUGUUCCUUCUCAUCCAAUAGACUGGAAAUGACAAGACCACUUUUUCAUAAUUAUUGCUUUAAAGAGGAUGAUAUACCUAGUGUAGCCAAAAAAAUCUUAUUUUUAAAAGAAAUCUCUUAUCACAAUUAUGCAGCUACUAAAUGUCUUUUUUAUUUUGGCAACACAUGAUUAACAAAAUAAAUUUACAUAAACAGUUUUAUUUUGAAUAUAAAGAUUGACUUCUAACCUUGCAGCAGGAAUCUUGAUCCAAAUCUUGAAGUCAGAGGUCAAUGAAAUAUAUUUAACAUGUUUUAAGAGUUUUUAAAAACUGASAAGCCUUAUCUGAUUAACCGGAAUUAAAAAGUAAAGGUAAUAAAAAAAUACUACAARUUCUCAUUGCUACAUUUUAAUGUUUAAUGACUUUCAACCUUUUUAAAAAUAAUUACAACUCUCAUUCGUGAAGCAAAAUUUGWGAAUAAUUACACAAAUAUCGACUUUUAUCCGUGUUUUGUUUUUUACGUUUAUCAAUCGACAAACAUUCAAAACUGUGAUACUGAUGGGUAAGACACUUAUUUGAACAGUUUAAACCGUAUUUACGGAGGCUUGAAUUCCUUCAGUUUGGGUCUGAAAAUAGUUCCCUGUAUGAAUUAUUUCUUCCAGUCAUAAAUUUUAUGUAGUUCGGGAGUAUUGCCAAUUUGUCUCGACAAAAUUUACAUAAUAAUAAUGAAAGUCAUAGUGCCAACACGGGAUUUUAUUAAUAUCAAAAACACACAUUAAUUUGCUCCAAAAUGUAGUAAUGAUGUGAAUGUUAAGUUAUGCGCUUUUUUACAUAAUAAACCCGUAUUUGGUGAAAUAUAUUCACUUAGAUGUUUUGACUUUUAACAGGUUUUGGCUAUUAAAUAAUGUGUCAACAAGAAUCGAUUUUUCAAAUAACCUUCACAGUAAUUUAAACAGUCUACGCUCGAUUUUUAUACUUUUGGUUUAUUAUGAUAAAUAUUUGUUCUCUUCAUUUGAAUAUCUUAAAAUAUUAAUUCACCGGUCUGAAAUAUGCAGAAUAAAAUACAUGUCAUAACUAGGUAUAAAAAAGCAAAGUCCGUGUUAAUUCGCAGUGACACUGAAUAUACCGUCAAGAUGUUUUAUUCAUUUUUUGACCACGAUUUGGUGCAUAAGUCAGCAACCAAAUGCAAAUACAAUGCAGACCAAUUUACAAGUGCUUAAAAUUCGCAAGACAUUCAAUUAAAGGCAAUUGAGGGRCCCAGCACGUGCUUCAAGACUAGCAUUAUAAUUAAACGAUUUACAUGUUUUAAAUGGGGAAUUAUGGCCUGACUAUGCUACUUGAAUGAAUUUUAAUUACUAAAAAUAGAAUACGGAUGUCCAGUCAUUAGAAUUAAAAAAAAAUAUUAGUGCCAGUCGCAGGUUUUUGAAAUUCUGCUCAAUAAUUUAGUCUGCAUCUAAAUUGCUGUAAUUUAAUUAAUCACAGUACAAUUUGCGUAUUUUAUUUCAAAUUUAUCUUCCUUCUAUCUCACAUUUUAGAUAUUUAAGAAUGUUGCUGUCGGAGUAUUGUGUGCAAAAACUAAGGUUCCCUUGAUAUUUAAAUGUCGGAAAUGUUAUUUGUGAAUGUAACAAACAUCCCCAAGCUAGAAUAAUUUUUGCCUAAUGGCCCUAUUAUCUGCACUGAUCUAUUCAGCGAAGGUGCACCGUCAUACUCGGGGGAACUACAUCAAUUUUGGUGUAAUAAACCUGUUUAAUUUCUUCAAUUCUUUUUCACCUACUUACAAAUUAGCUUUUUCACCUUAAUUUAUCUCUGGUUUGUCCUCCGACCCAGUGGCAAUUUUAUCCAUUUUUCAGCGCCAGRCGCCACAUAAAUCACUCUCUUUUUCAAUUGAUAAUUCAUCGGUAAAGAAAAUUAAAUCCAAUGAAUCCGCAUUAGCGUUGAACGUAAACAGUAGAGUCGCCUCAUUUGUCUCCGGCGUUGAAUUUUGUGAAUUGAUAAAACUGUGUACAUUUUUAUGAAGCACUACUCUAUAAAUAAAUGAAGGGAGGUUGUGAUUUUAAACAGAGAACAGCAUUCCAGCAGGAGAGUGUAAACACUUAAAACACGAAGGAAGUUUCUAAGUGUUUAAAAGGCUAAAAGGGUUCACAUUCUUGAGACUCCACUCCUUGCCAAUGCACUGUACCAGGUAGAUAUUGCGAAAUUGCUUCUUUCGGAGRUUUACCCCAAUUAAUUGAAAUUCGGAGAAGAGCACAAAACGACUGAACAAAUUUGCUUGCUGUGUCUCUCGGAGGAUUCUUGAUUAUUCCAAAGUGUGAAAUAAACGACUCAAGGCCCCAAAUGUUGACUUUCAACCACUCUUUGCGAGUGUUUUAGCUUCGCGACAAAUCUGUUGUCUCCGCUGUCAGUUCCAUGUCCAAUUUUAAUUAGAAAUGCUUUGGGCUCACAGCUAUACUUGGAAUAAACGUAAAAAUAGCCAUAAAAACCGGCAAUUACUUAUGCAUGCGAGCCGCCGAUUGCAAAAUGCCAAAAAGAGCGGUGACGUAAGUCCUUAUUUGCUAUUCUAAACAUUAUACCUAGAACUGGUUGGAGGCUCUUACAAUAAAUCCUCCUCACCUUCACCUGCGAUUCAGCUAAGUCGAAUUUUUCGUWAAAGUAGAACAAAUGCACCGUCAGUGAACGCAUUAAUCUAUUUAUAAUCAUUUUCGCGGAGUGCCCCCUCGGUGACCAAGUGAAGCGAAACUCUGUGGGAUUUAUGGUGUGGCAGUAAUGGAUGCGGUAGGGCAAUAUAAAAAUAUUUCUCAUGCAUGUGUGGGUUCAUAAAUUAUUGUGGAGGAUAUUGCUCGCAAAUUGAAGGAUAUCGCGUUACUCGGCAUGUUGAGAAGCACUGCUCACAUGUCCGUCUUGGUGCUGAGCUCGAAAAAAUUCGCUACCAAUUAGUGUUAGUGCUGGGAUUAAAGCCGCGCGAAUCGGAUCGUGCUGCGAAAAUCACUAAAUAAACGCGAAAUGAGAAGGAUUUACUGAUUUGUGUCGAUUAAACCAAACUACCAUUAUUUUAUUUUGUGUAAAAUAGUGUCUAAGUGAUCGAAAUGUCUCCGUUUUACCCUCACCGGGACUUAUUCUACUUUUAUUGGACGGGGCACUCCCACGAUGAGCUGUCGAAAAACGGAACCGCGAUGAAUAAGAUGCUGGCUUCAACAUCUUACAAUGGUGAAGCUCUUACAAGCCAACCGCGGUCAUCAAGAGGAACUUCCACGUCCAACAGCGGCAUGGAUUUAAGUUAUGUGACUGAAAGGAUUAUCUCUGUGUGGUUUCCAUCGUCGACGAAUUCGCAUUCGUACCGGCAGGGACAAAGACAAGCCGCUCAUAUGCUGAGGAACAAAUAUGGAGAUAAUUACAUGGUAUUUAAUCUCACCGAGCCUAAACGAGCGUUAAGGAACGAACAUAAGCACGUUAAGGAAGUAGGUUGGGCGCAGAACUUUGCACCGCCGUUGGAGAAACUCUGCAGCGUAUGCAAGGAAAUUGACUCCUGGCUCUCCGGGGACCAACACAGAAUUGCGGUAUUACACGCUAGAGRCAACAAAGAUAAGCUGGGAGUCAUCGUGGCGGCUUACAUGCACUAUUCGAGUAUUUGCGGAAGCGCCGAACAAGCCCUGGACCGAUUUUCGAUGCGAAGAUUCUUGGACGAUAAUGUUGGAUCUCUUGCGCUUCCGUCAAAUAAACGAUAUGUCGACUAUUUUGCGGGUUUACUAUCACACAAUAUUAAAAUCAAUGCGAAUCCUUUAUACCUGACCCAUGUUACGGUCCUCGGGGCCCCAACUUUCCAACGAGGAGGUUGUAGGGCGUUUCUGAAGCUAUACCAAGGCCAAACUCCGGUUUACACAUCAGGCGUCUACAACGUAUCAAGUGGUGUAAGCCAGUUCACGGUGAAUGUAGUCGGAGAACGUCGACGUGGCCUGCAGCUAAGGGGUGACAUCCUGAUAAAGUGCUAUCACCGUGGAGAUGUAGGAAGAGAGACGAUAUUCGCAUGCCAAUUUCACACUUGUGCGGUAGCCGAUUACACGCUUAGUUUUACGAGACAAGAGCUCGAUGUCGCCUGCAACGACCCUCGUUUUCCGGUUGAUGGUGCGGUGGAAUUGCAUUUUUCACCCGGACCUGAAGACAGACACCCCGCACCCGCCCCCACACCAGCGGUUCCUUGUAAGCAAACAAGCGACGAUCCUAUCACCAGGGCGGAUAGCCCAUUCUCUGUGGAGGAGUACGACGAGGAAGGAGACUCAGACUCAGACGACGUCAAUCACACGUUUGGACCUCUAGACGGUAGUAUUUACGCAACUAUCGCCAAAAAGCCGGAGCUGUCUCCUGGCGCCGUUUCUAGUCCGUUGACGGUGUCCAUGGACUCGGGUAUUUCUUCAGCAGGCCACCAGCAGAACGCCAACACAACCGCCUCCGCGAGCCCCCCACUAACUGCCCAACCGUCCCCCUUGACCCCCGAGGAUCAGCACCGAGAGCUGGACGAACUCGUCUCGGACAUGAUGUUAACGGUUCAGAGCAUUCCCGACCUGAAACCGCAUCACCAGGACCAGUCCUCCGGGUCCGCAAUCGGGACCAGCGACAACAAUUUCGGCCUCGACAAUGUGCGCUACAUAGACGACGAGGAAGACAAGAACAUCCCGUACCACGCGCGACAAGACAGCCGCCCCUUCACCUACGGCGUCAACUCCAACAGCAUGAUCGGCGACUCCAAGGGGCUGUCGAGCCCCAGUCUCGUCCGCAAAGCCAGCGUCAACAAAAGCACGGGAGACACUCUCAAGAAAGUACAAACGCAAGUGUAUCCAGACUUCGGCUCCAAGCCAGUGCCCAAUUUCUCAAACCUACCCACGUACCACACACCCUCGAACUACAGCACGUUGUCGAAGUACCCGAGGUCGUACUCACCCUCAGAGUCGAGACAAAGGGACCCGAUUGAUGAUAUCUUCACUCCGAGUGCGCUGAAUGCCAAUCACCCGAUUAAAAGGGAGUUCCGAGAAGAGUACUACAAGGACGAAAUCAAAAGGUACACUCCUUUGAAAAGGAGCAUCACGGAAGGGGCGCUCAGGGGAUACGAUGAUUACAAAUCCAGUUCAGCACUUACGAGUCCGUAUUCAGACUCGGAGAGUUUGUCGCCUCCGGGAGCUUUUAGGACGAAAUCACCGGAAUUUCACGAGUCAUACACAACAAACAAGAACUUGACAUGGCUCCAAAAGCAGCAACUCAAACUCAAAGAGCGCCGCGAGCUGCAAUUGAGGGAAGAAAGACAACCUCACGAAACGCGCCUUUUGAGUGAACUAAAGCACGUUCAAUCCCGGCACAUGAAGCCGACAGCUAGUCAUCGUCUUGACGGCUACACCAGCGAUACAACGGCUUUUCCCGACGAUGAAGAAGACUACGCAAUCCCUCUCCACAUCAACACCAUGCAAAAGAACAAUGGCACGGCCCCAGGCUCGCCCCGAACGCUGUCACGAACAUACAGUGCGAGUAAAUACACCACCAAAACGGAGCGGCCUUUCAUGACCGUCAAGAGGGCCCACGAGAGAUACGCUCAAAAUUCAGAUUCGCCGGCGUCGAUAUUAGCUGCGAAUCCCAUGGGGCAGAUUGUGAGGCCCCCGUCUAGGGGCGGCGAGGGUGAUAGCGGAUUGUUGUCUCUAGUCGAGGAGCAGUAUAAACACAGUCCGCGAUAUAACCAAGGGGGUUUGGUGGGUAUUGACAACUCUAGUGUUGAUAGUUCACCAGCAAGGAAUGAUAACGUUCCCAUAGAUGCACUCAAUGAUCUGAUUGCUAGCUUAUCAAGUGGAUCAGAUAAGUCUAGCAAUAGUCCUAAUAACACCACAUCUGCAUGGCAGUAUCGGGAAGAAACCCACUCCUGGCGUUCUCAUUCUGUGAAUGAUGUAGACACGAGUCCUUCACACAAUUCGUCACCGAGGCCACAAACACCAGCUUUUCCAGUACAUGUGCGAACUCCUUAUACGAAUCCUUCUACACCGACAGUGCAAUUCGAUUUACCUUCCGAACGAUUACCGCCUAAAAGUCCUACAACCCAGCGACGUUUKAGUUGCCCGUCGUCUAAUAAAGUUACAAAGAAGUGGUCGCUUUCUCCUGAAAGAAAGGACCGACCGACUUCUCCGACAGAUAUGAUAAACGGCUCUUCAGAAUACACAACACAAAGGAGCGUGUCAGCAACUCCACCAGGAUACAAAGAGAACUACUCGGAGAACUAUCAACACAGUCCUAAGAGUCCAACAAGAAACGGGUCAGCGUCGCCGACUGUCUAUUUCGGCAACUCUAGGAGAAGUUCUGUUCAUUCAAAUAGCGAACCUCCUCAUGAAGUUUCAGCAGCUAAUGUCAAAUUUGUGAGAGAUACCUCCAAGUAUUGGUACAAGCCCACCAUCUCCCGGGAAGAAGCUAUCAAUAUGUUACGAGACCAGCCCCCGGGCACCUUUGUCGUCCGCGACUCCAACUCAUUCCCUGGCGCCUUUGGCAUGGCCCUCAAAGUGGCCAGUGUCCCCUCGAACCUCCAAUCAAAGCCCACCCAAGGCGAUGAGCUCAUCCGRCACUUCCUCAUUGAGCCGACAUCCCGCGGCGUCAAGUUGAAGGGCUGCCCGUCUGAGCCGGUCUUCAGCUCUUUAUCGGCUUUGGUCUACCAGCAUUCAGUCACACCACUSGCUCUGCCGUGCCGGUUAAUCCUCCCCGAGGGAGACUUGAAGUACCACGACAGUGYCAACAAYCCCGCUCAACAAUUACUAACRCAAGGUGCAGCCUGUAACGUGCUGUACCUCUUCACCAUGGACAUGGAGUCGCUCACGGGGCCUGAAGCCGUGCGAAAGGCCGUCACACACCUCAUGCAGAAGGCGCCAAAAACCGAGACGGCUGUUGUACAUUUUAAAGUCAACGGACAGGGCAUUACUCUCACUGACAACAAAAGGAAAUUGUUCUUCAGGAGGCAUUAUGCCAUUAACUCUAUCUCGCAUUGUGGCUUAGAUCCGGACGAGAUGAGGUGGUCGAUCAGUGCGGAAGAGGGGUCGACGGCCAGUCCAAAUCGKAUAUUUGGAUUCAUCGCGAGGAAACCCAACGUCAGUAACCCCGACAAUCAGUGCCAUUUGUUCGCAGAGUUAGAACCCGAACAGCCAGCGAUAGCUAUCGUAAAUUUCGUUAAUAAAGUUCUUACGUCAAGUGGUAUCAAACCUAAUAUUGUGUAAAUUUUCACCGAACAUGAGGAGGAGGAAUCACAUCACAUUUAGAAUUAAAUUAUCACAGUAUUUGGAAAAUACUUAAAUGAUUUCGUAAUGUUUGCGAAAAUGCCGCUAAAUUUUCAUUAACUAGUCUUACUUCAUAAUUUUCUUAGACUUUAAGUUUAUAUCUUGCAAGUAAUUUAUAWUUAAUAUUGUACAUAUAUAUUAAGUAACACUAAGUGUGCCUGCCUUAUUUUAUUUUUUAAAAUAUAUUUUUUUUUAUUUUUAAGUGAAGUGCUUUAAAUAUUGUGAAUAUUUGCAUGUUCACUAACGAUACACAUUCUACUGAACCUUGUUGGUUUUUGUUAUGAAAAAUUAACAAAAAUUUUUGUCAGUGGGGUACUUUUUAGUUCAUACUUUGCUGUGAAUGACAAAUAAUUGUUUUCCAUUUAUUUUUUGUUCAUUUUUCAUUUCGCACUAACAAAGUAUCUGUAAUCAAAACAUUAGUAUGCAGGGUAAUAAAAUCCUAAAUUGUAAAAAUAUUAUAGAUUUUAAUUUAGAAUCCAUGUUUUAACAAAGCUUAUUAAUAACAAUAGUAUUAAAACGGAUAUGCGUCAUCUCUGGGUCUUGGAGCAUUUUCAAUUAAUUUCCGGUAAUUAUUGUAAUAGUACAAAAAUAGUUUAACUCAUCAAAAUGUCCUAAUCAAAGCGAGAUAUAUCAAAUGCCAUACUUUAAAGAUAUAACAGAUUGUAUCUAGAAGAAAGAAUAGAUAAACUAAUAAAAAAUCUCUCGUUUA